UCCUGUAGAAUGUCUAAACUCACAUAUUUUAGAGCCAGAUGUAUUCAUAUUUAAUAUGCAUCUUUGUACAAAUAUAUGUUUUGUAUAUCUACCACAAUAGCAAUCACCUUAUUUUUCAAAAUUAAGAUCAUGUUUGUCUCUGUAAAGAAAAGCAUAAAUGCGGUAGUGCCGUUGAUGGGCGAGGCAGCUGGAUCUACACCAGGAGAUUGAGUGAUUAUAGCUGGCAGGCAGGAGUCCCAGAGCGGGGACUUCAAAUUGCAAAGCGAGUACAGGGCUAGAAGAUCUGGCGAGUUCUGGAGUGCUACAAUACCAUUCCAACAGCGGACCUACAGUCACAUCUGUGCAGAGGAAAUCUGUGAGACCUUCAACAGAUUCUUGGUGUUGGGAGAUAUUUUAAAGUCACAGUACGGUACUGUCGGAGUUUCAGAACCUUCUGUAUGGUGGGGUGUCAUACUGGCUACAACACUGCUGCUAACAUCGUGUCAGCAUGGCUCAGCAACACCAGGACUUCACAAUGAAUGCAGCUGCCCCUGAGAGCCAGUCUCUACAGUUCAACUCAGGAGAACCCAUGGCAGCAGCCCCAGCCGAGACAGUCCCAGAGGAGGUCCCGGGACAAGUGGGGUACGCUCUCCUCCAGAAUGCUGUUCCCCCCAGGGUGGAGGUCAAGGAGAAUGGGGUACCCGUCGCAACACACCUGGGAUCAGGGGAAGGUCAAAUGAAAGUUGAGUCCCAGGAGCCAGGCGCUGAGGAAGGAUCUGAAGAGUCAGGGCCUGAGGUCUGCGAAGCUAAGAGCGCCCCCUUUAGUGAGGGAAGCUUCCAGGAUGCUACGACUCCAUUAAUGGAGGAAGGUGUAACUGUGGAAGAGAAUCCUGCAGAGUCGCCAGAAGGAGCUACAGUAGUUCCUGAAGCAGGGAUGGCGGCUCCUAAGGCAACCCCCGUGGCAGAUCAAGAGGAACUUCCAGCAGGAACCCAAAGUCUAACGGAGAGCGAGACGAUUAAAGGUCAGGAUUAUGUUGAGGACGAGAUUGGGAUUCAGUCUGCUAACCAAGCUGUUCCGGAGCAGUUCGUAAAGACUGAGGCUCUAGUAUCUUCAUUUGGGAACGAGGUGCAGUUGCUGAUGGGUUCUGCAGCUGUAGGCCAUGAAAAGUUUGAGACCGAGUUGAAAGAAACUCUGAAAUCUGUGAAACGUGAUCAGUUACCAGCGGAUGUCAACCUCGCCGUGGAGGAGGCCCACCAUGCAGUUCAGAAGCCUAGUGUACCUGAUAGUAAUGAUCAGUCACUGUCACCAACUGGAGAAGAAGAUAACGGGUUUUCCCUUAAGUUGACCCCAACUGAGUACAAAAACGAAGCUGGUUCACACUUCUCAGAUCAGAAAUCGCCCGAAAUCUUAACGAAUAUUCCUGCCCAUUCCGAUUUAAUCAAAAACAAAGGGCUUUCUUUUGAUUACACAGAAUCCUCCCAUCAGGUUGAAGAUGCCCAUAAAGAUUCAGCAGCUGAAGCAAGUGCACGAGAAGAUGGGCCUACAAAGAUGCCGUCGGAGCACGAAAGUGCUGACUCUUGCCAUGAAGAUUCGAUAGAAUCAGAGGCAUCUCCAAAUGCAGAACUGGAUGCCAAGAAGGAACUCUCUUGUCUGGUCGCAGCGUCAAACUUUGAACAGGAGGGAGAAGUUAAGAAUGUCGAGCCCUGCACUUUUACAAACACCAAUGAGGAAACUGAACCCAAGUCAGAAAAAAAUGAGGAAAGAAAACAAGAAAAGGACUUGUGUGCCUUAGAAACAGGGUAUAUGGAGAGCACAGAUGAAGCCCUUAUUGCUGCCGUCAAAGCAGCUCAAAAAACAGACAGUGAAGCAAAAUCUGAUCUAAGUUUAGAUGCAUCUGUUGAAGAGAAAAGCAUAGAGGCUUUAGAACAGGGUGAAAAUAAGGAAUCCCAUCUAAUAACGGUAGCUAAAGAGUGCUUAGAUCAACAUGCAGGAGAAGAUAUCCAAAAAGACGCAUCCGCAUCACCCAAGGCUAAUACCAAAUUUCAGAAAAUACAGAAGAGAGAGGCUUCUCCAGCAAGAAAAACAGGCGUUCCAGUCUUACAGAGAAAAGCUAGUGCUAAGGUGGAAGCUGACAAAGAACAAGCCGUGGCUGCUGAUAAAAAGGGAAAGACGCCCACACCAUCUUCUGCUAAAGCUAGAGCCACCUUCACCCCAAAACGACCCUCCUCAGUCACAACAACCCCUUUGAAAAAAACCUCCAGCCCGGCUUUGUCCACACCUGCUUCCUCCUCAGUCACUGCCAAAGCCACCAGUGCAGGAUCCAAAGAGGUGAAGGUAAGGGGAGCGGAGGCGAGGAGCGGUCUGAAGAGCCCAGCCUCCAGGCCACCAGGUGGUGCUAGAGCGCCGGCAAGUGGAAGCAGAAUCCCUGCCAAAACACCCACUGCUGUAGCUCCAAGAGGACCCUCUGCUGCUUCUCCUGAUUCCCCAAGGACGCCCGAGCGCAGUGGCUACAGCAGCCCAAGCAUGCCCAAGUCUCCUUCCAGCCGCUCCCACCUGCCACCAGGAGGGGCCACCAAAGAGGUGAAGAAGGUAGCCGUGGUGCGCACGCCGCCUAAAUCCCCGGCCUCCAUCAAAAACAGGACCCCCGUGCCCUUGGCCCCGAUGCCGGAUCUGAAAAACGUGAAAUCCAAAAUCGGAUCAAUUGAUAACAUUAAACACCAGCCGGGAGGUGGGAAGGUGCAAAUAUUAAAUAAGAAGAUGGACUUAAGUAAUGUUCAGUCUAAGUGUGGCUCCAAAGACAAUAUCAAGCAUCUUCCUGCAGGUGGCAAUGUUCAAAUAGUCCACAAAAAGGUUGAUGUGUCUAAUGUGUCGUCCAAAUGUGGCUCCAAGGACAACAUCCGUCACAAACCAGGGGGUGGCAAUGUGGAGAUCAAAAAAGAGAAGCUGGAUUUCAAGGUCCAAUCAAAGAUCGGAUCUCUCGAUAACAUCGGGCAUGUUCCGGGAGGAGGACAGAAAAGGAUUGAAACUCACAAGCUGUCCUUCCGCGAAACAGCCAAAGCCCGCACUGACCACGGAGCUGAGAUCGUCUACAAAUCCCCCACUGCCUCUCCAGACGGCUCCUCUCGUCGCCUUAGCAACGUUUCCUCCACUGGCAGCAUCAACAUGAUAGAUUCUCCGCAGCUCGCCACGCUUGCUGACGAGGUCUCAGCAUCCCUGGCUAAGCAGGGUUUGUGAUCCCCAUCCCUCUCUGCUUCUUCUGGGAGAAAUGUAACCUCUCCUUCCUUCCUUCCUUCUUUCCAUCCUCUUUUCCUUUUACCAGUAGCCUUUUACCGUACUUUUGCAGUUCAGUUUGGGGCAUAAAAUUUAGACAGGAUUAAAAGUACAGUACAGUAAUUUAAAACCCUUCGAUUUAUCUAGUGCCACACCCUUAUAUGGAAAAGUUAGAUUACAACGUUCUUACACUUUGCAUGAACACUCAGUAAAACUCGUUUUACCAUACAAGUGCUCCUUUACACAGUAAAUGCCAAAAACACCAGAGGAAAUGGCUUCCUGCAUGUGGUAUAUUUCAAUUCUAAUGUAUGUCAUGAAGUGUCUUAGCAUUAUGAAAAAGGACAUUUAACACAUGCAUUUCAAAAAAUAUUUUACGUCAAGGGAAACAGCCCACGUAUCUCUCUAGUGGUACUAGCAAGUUUAAAAAGAAAAUUUUGCUAUUUCGUAAACUAUAAUUCCCAUUAGGACAGAGUUUACCCCCAAAUUUAGAAAUAAAAAGCAUAAACUAUUAAUUAUUAGGGGCUGUUUUAUUCCAAAGGCUUUGCUAUGAAACUGUUGUCAUUGUUUUUAGACCAGAGACUGUUGGGAGCUCAUGAAUAUUCUCUUAAGACCCCCAUGUACAGUAUACAGUAUAAUAUUAAUAACACCAAAUCCAUUGUUCAUGUGAUGUCACUAAGUUAAGAUUGUACUCAGUUCAAUCCCUGAAUGACACUAAACUUGUCAUUAUUCAGCUUUGAGGAUGACACAACUGCAGUUGGACCAACAUGAAGGGCUUUUUGGGGAUGCACUAACUUCACAGUUCAGUCAUUUAUUCCAGUGGAGAUGAAGUGCCAAAUACAUAAACUGCUGCAGCUUCUCUGGUCGUUUACUGUUUUGCCACUUGAGAAAGAGAUCUCAAAUUCAAACGUAUACAAAAGAAAACUUAACUAAUCCUAACUUCGGUGGUACAGAAAACACUGUUACUUCAAUACAGGACAAUGAGAACUUUGGAGUGAGUUCAUUUCUGGUGUUGAAAUCACAGUUGGCUUUAAAAUAAUUCCAUACUAAAGUGUCUUACUCUGGAUCAUAAGUGCUCUCAUAGCUCAAAAAAAUAAAAAUAAACGAAACAUCCCAACAUGAAUAUCAGAACUCAUUCACACUACUUAAGUGCAUUUUACAUGUAAAUAUUAAAAUCCGGGUGUUAAUAUUUUUAGAAACUGUACGAUAAAAGCCAGCUGUCAUGCUUCUAUAGAAACCUAUUUUAGGCUACCAAAUGGGGACUGCACCCGUUGAUAUAAUAAAGUAGGCAGUGCUUUAGAAAUAUAGACUCCUGCAAUACAAUACAUGCAAACACAAAGCAAAGGCAUAGUCCAUUUUUUACAGUCACGUUUAAAAGGAAGUUCAGUGUGCAGUUAAUAACAAUUUUGCAGCACUUGCAGUGUGUGGUGUACAGAGGUAUCUCCCAGUAGACGUUUUAGGGAACAUUUUAGACACGCUUAGGUGGCAUUCUUAAUGCAACCCCUCAAGGGUUUGAAAUGUGUAUUUCUAAUGUAUAGCAUCAGGCAUGUUAAGCGUUGCUUUUAUAAUACGUACAAAAUAGGAUGUGUAUAUUCAUUGUUAUUUAAAAUAUAUUAUUUCAACAUACACUUGUAUCAUUGAAUUAGUUUGUAUAUGAUCGGUAAAUUCCAGGGUGUUGUAAAGACCAGUGCUAUUGUAGAAACGAUGUACUCCACCCUCACCCACGCCUUUGUUCUUAACUGAUCUGUACACUGUACUGGUAAAACCACUUUAAUUUUCUAGUUCAAGCUAAACUGCUAAUACAACAUGAAUACCAAUAUAGGUAAGGAGUGACAAAUAUAGUGAUUUCAUCAUUUAAGUGUAAUAGUUUAAUUGCCCUGAACUAACCAGAGUUGCUUCUCCUUUGCAUUUGGGAAGUAAAACUCUGUCUGGAUUUAGUGUGGAAAUGUUGCUUCCCGAUGAGCUGCUGUGUUAUGGCAUGUAACACUGUUUUUUUUGUUUUGUUUUGUUUUUUUAAAUAUGGAAUAAUUGAGAGUGGAUGGAACUUUUUAGAAAUUGAAAAAAAUCCAUGCCAUUUCGGUUUAAAAAAUAUUCCCAAAGUGUAUUAGGAAAAGACAAGUAAACUAAAUGAUUAUAGGACGCUCUUUCACCAUAGGAAAAGAUAGGGAGACUUGGUCACGUGUUAAUCGAAUCACACGUUGUAAUUUCAUUCGAGCGCUUCUCUAUUAAUGUCUGUAAACUUAAUGUUCAUUCGAGCCCGUUUUGAUCCAGUCAAGGGCUAACAUAGAUUUAGAUAGCUUGAUUAAUUGUACACAAAUCUUCUAUCCUUGACAGUCAUCUGUAGGGGGAAAUUCUGUGUAAGACACCAGGGAGCAAACGUUGUAUUUAUUUGCAUUAGGCAGAAGUGAUUUUUUUAAUCUGAUUGUACAUUUGCUGGACUGUAAUUCGAUUGGUUUGAAGUUUAAAACCUGUUCAGUGGUGCAGGGUAUUUGUAAAGAACUAAGAGAGAUUGUAGCAGCUCUGACUUAAAACAGAAAAAAAAAAGUUUAAUGGAUUUUUUUUUUUGUGAAUACUUAGUGAGAUUUAAAAAAUAUGCUCAUGAAUACCAUGGUGUAUUCCAUCAGUCGUUCAUAAAACAUAAUCUUGUAUUAGCUGUAUUAAAUGCCACACCAUUACUUUUCCUGCAUGUAAGCUGCAAAUGAGCAAUGAAAUCAAUAAAGGAGAAUAGCGCUAAUGCAUUUCGCACUACCCAUUGAAACUGCUUUCAUGAAUUGUAAGAGUUCUUUGAAGCACUGCAUAUCAAAGUACAUAUUUAUUAAAAAAAAAAAAAAAAAGCUAACUGGAUAAAAUGCUUGUGUUGCGCUCAUUUUUCUAAUAGUAUUUAGUGGAUGUGGAUGUAAGUGAUAAAAAAAACCCUUGCUUUUAUUGUCAUGCUGGCAGUUCAUUUUGCUACGGUCUGUAAAUGCUUUUCUAUGAUAACAAUGUUCUAAGCAGGGAGCCUUUAUUUGACUGAACAGCUUGGAAGAAACACAGUUGCUUUGUAUUCUUCCUUUAAUCCUAUAAACCAAGAGUGAAACACUCAAAUUGAUUAACAGCCAUUUAUAAAAUUGUGUAUGAAAGAUAGUCAGGUGUCAGUCAGUAAAAGUUCUUUGCGAUCUUGGGCUGGGGUUAUUGCCAGCCGUGAGUGUUAAAUAGAUGAAUUGUAUCUGUGAAAGUCUGUCUUUGAAAGACUGAAAUAAGUGGUUACUUCAAAUCACAGAUCUGAGCCCACGUUUUACCUGGACAGAUUGGAUCAGCUGCUAUGUUUUAUCAACAAAGCACAGUGGCUUCCUGCUACGAUGGUAUACAAUGGGCACUGCAUGUAAAUUAAACCAGUCAGACCCAUAAUCAUUAAUCAUACUGACACAUUGAGAAAAAAAAAAAUAGCUUGGGGAUUUCUUUAACUCUUUCCAUACCUAAAACACUACCUGUGUCAUUUCGAUAAAAAAAAAGCAUGCCUACACAUGAAACAGUUUUGCAUGCACGAUCGGCCUGCUGCACCACGGUUUUGUAUGUUUAGAAGUUGCCUGCACACAAGCAGUACUGGCCCCUCUAGUUUUUUUCAUGUAUUACCUUUACAAACAGUUAUACUUACAAGUAUUGAUACCCAGCUAUGUACCAACAAUUAAAAUGUUCCGAAACCUAUGAACUUUAAAAUAAACUAUUAAAAUGCUUUACACGUGGCAGGAUAGCGUCACGGCCCAAGCUGUUACCGGCAGGAAGGAGACAGAGUCCAUUUAUUUACACAAAUGAAACGAAAAAGGUACAAGGGCCACAACAAUUCUAUGUAUGUGUUUUGCUGUGAGGUGAGGUGAGUUCAGGUCAGGUCAGUUUCACCCAAGCCCUUCUCCACAAACAAAUGAUUUAGCCCCUUCAGUAAAGGUGGCCAUUCCCCAAUUCGCCCUAAAUUACCUAAUUGGGGAAUGGCCACACCUGUCAUUGUUGGCAGGGACAGAUUUAACCCCAUCCAUGCCAAACAUAGCCCUGUUUUGACCGACCCCUGCCACACACCCAUCAGGUUUUGCUCAGUAUAUUUCGGACAAUAUCAUAUCAAACAAGUUGUUUUUACAAUAUAAUGCCACAUUUAAAGUGAUCAUGCAUCUUAAUUAUUUGUAUUUUAAUAUAUGAAAGUAGCAGUAGACCUCGAUUUCUGUCUGAUUUCUCAUAAAUCUUGAUUCAAUAUUGUGUUUGCCUACAUCUUAGCUUUUCAAUGUUUACUGAAUCUAAAAAAACAUUUUUGAUACAAUUGGUGUGGAAAGAGUUAAUUUCAUGAGGCUUUUCUGGAUUGUAAAUUAUUUUCAGUUUGACCUGUGUGGGAGUGUGAGGCAGGCAGUUUCAACCUCAUCAACGCUUGUUUUUUUUUUUUUGCUGAGUUUUAUUGCAGUUCUAGCUUGGCAAUUGUGAGUGUCCAUAUCGUUAUUGUGUGGUUUAAUAAUAAUAACUGGGUUACACUGAUAACCGUUGUGUAAACGUGAAUUUGGAAAUAAAGUCAGUAUUAAACAAAA